GGAUCUCCGGCGUCUUGGGCGUGUGGCCACCCAUCAGGAGGCCGCUGUUGUCGAUCCCAAGCAGCGAGGAGGCCGGUAUGUUGGAGUUGAACAUGGCUAUCAAUCGGUACAGCAUUCAGCUUGCCAUCCAGCUGACUUGAGAUUGCGCAUACGCCACGUGGCCGACUACAUUUACCAAAUGCCCAUCAGGAUUUCUCAGCAGCUGUAAAAAACUCCCUCCUAGAAACCUUUUAGCUGCACUUGCCACAUUGACAUUCCUAAGUUGUAUCGCUGCUACUUGGGAAUAAAGUCAUUUGCGGCUGAUUUGUGGCUGGCAUGUGAAUUGCCCUCAAGUGUGCGAGUUUUUGCUGCCAGUCGAUCGAUGCCCAACCGAAUCGAUCGAUCGAUGGCCACCAGAUUGAGCAGCCACAGCAAAAAAGAGAGAACAGAAGCUUUCGCAACGAUCGUACCGAUGAAGAUAUAUGGAGAGAUCGUGUGGAGAUCGGAUCGCUGGGGUGUCCCACCAUCGCCAUGAAUAUGCGAUAGAGGUGCUGGCGAAAAAAAGGCACAAAAUUCCUGUCAUCGUUUAACUAAUCAGCAAGUACUAAAGAAUUUAUCGAUGGGACAUUGUACUAUACCCGCUUGAACGUCGAGUGUAUAGUAGGCCAUAAAACUCAAACUGUCGGCGGCGAAGUGAAUGAAAUGCCUUGGAAAUGGAAAAUUAUGGAAAUGAAUUGGUUGACAGAAGGAUCUGGAUAGGGAAAGCUGCUCGAAAAGGGCACCGUGGAAGUCCCGCUGAGCUGCCAACUUGUCAACCGACCAGGCGAUUGUCUUUCCUCAGCUCGGGAGAUGUGCGUGAAUCGCGUGAACCGAUGCUAAAUCAUCGUGGGGAUUGUAAACAUUGUGUUUUUGAGAGAUUGUGCGAUGGAGCUACGAUCUCUUGUUUAAGUUCUCUACAUGCAUACACAGCGAAUUUUUCAGGUUCUGCCUAACAUUUGGAUUGCUCUACUGUAAGCUGUUAUAGGUAAUACCCGAAAUAAGAGCACAGGAGAUAUGUAAUGAAAGGAGUGUCUGCUAAGCCUGUUAGCCUUUCUGCGUUCUGCUUUGUUUGGACGACGGACACUUCACCUUGCCCUCCAGCCUUGCCAGCGGACGACAGACACGCAACGAAAGCGGGCCAAUUAGUUAGCUUGGUCACCAGGGGCGGCGGCGAGGGGGCUCUACUGGCAGCUGGCAACCGGCCAAGGCGCACGCACCGUGGCGUCUCCGCCGCCCCUGGAGAGGGGAGCAUCAGGUGACGUGGGCGGCUGAGGGGGCUCUCAAGAAUAAGAUAUAGCACUCUCGAUAUAGUGCGUCAGAGGCGACGAUGGCGCGGAAGUGGCCCAGCCCCGCCCCCUGCCCCUGCGGCCUUGACAGCGCCCGUUUUGAUUUAUGCGGCAUUUUGCGAAAGUCAACAAAUGAAAAUGACACAGAAAUAAUGCCAAGAGUGCUCUCCUCCUCCACUAUUUCGAUUUCGUUGGCCCCAAGGUCGAGCGCACAAAUAGAUGUCCCACUGCCACCCGCUGGACCACCGAUAUGAUCUGUUUUCUCGAGCAGGGAUUUAAACCAACCACAACAACUGGCCACAACAUAAGGCAUUGAAUAUAAUUAUUUCCGUUCCUCAAGUGGACUUAGGACCAAAGCUACAGGUUGAUUAUUGCGAACGAAAUAUUAAUCAAUUGGAAAGAGGUAUGUCACUUCCAAAUCGGGAUCUAAUAACUCAUGUUAUGGAAUCCAGAUGUGCAGUUUUGGGUUCCACUCUGAAAGUCUUUGGAAUUAGGAAAAAAUCGAACAUGAAAAUGGUUAAAAUUGUAAGCCUAUCUAAAAGGGAUCCAAUUACCCAAGUUAUGGAAUUUAGAAGUCCAUUUUUGGGCUCCUAUUCCGGAAACCAUUGGAAAUACGGAAAAAUCGAACAUGAAAAUGGAAUUCAACCACAAAAUCAUAAAAUCGGGAUUCAAUAUCUCAAGUUAUAAAAUCUAGAAGUUCAGCUUUGGGUUCCCAUCCUGAAUGCCAUCGGUAAUACGAAAUAUCGAAACCGAAAACGGCUUACAAAUUCGACCCUCCAAUACCUCCAAUACGGCUGAAUAUCGACCCAAUCGCACUACCCCUGGCAACCAAAUUCCGACGGGUUACUUGAAUGUCCCGAAACUGAAACACUGGAAGCAACUGGAACCAGAUCGGCAUAUCUCGGCAUGGGCGCGGUAGGCAGUCGCCAGCUGAAUCCCGCCCAACUGGGUGACCACCAGCAGGCCACGGGCCUGUCCGCCGAGCAACUGGAGCAGCUGCACACUCGGUUCCGCAGCCUGGAUCGCCACCAGCGCGGCUACUUGACGCCCACCGACCUGCUGCGCAUCCCGCAGCUCUCGCUGAAUCCGCUCCACCGCCAGAUCGUGGACGGCUUCUUCCCCAGCCGCGAUCCCAGCGCCCGCCUGUACUUCGCCCAGUUCGUGGAGACCUGCGCCACCUUCCUGGUGCCCCAGUUUGGACGCAGCUCGUCUACGGGACGUCGCGACGGACGCGCCCAGAAGCUGCGCCUCCUCACCAAGAUGUUCGACACACGGCGCAGUGGCUGCAUCACCCGCGACGACUUCCGCCAGAUCAUGCGCAGCCUCCUCGAUCCGAUCUGGAAUCCGCCGCAGGAUCAGACGCCCUCAGGCGAGGGCCAGGACCGCAGGCCCGAGGUGGAGGCCGAACUGCAGCUGCUGGAGCAGCAGGCCUUCGGGUUCUCCGGCUGCGACCAGAUCUCCUACGCCGAGUUCGAGCAGCGCCUGCACAGCGCCGAUGUCGCCGGUCGGCUGUCGAUCGUCAAGUGGCUGGUGGACGAUGACGAGGCCAGGAUGGGGCUGCAGGAAGGAUCCUCCGCGGACCAGGGCCAGUAGGAGACCCCCAUCGCCGUCCCCGUCGUGUUGUGUUGUGUUUCUGUUUUAAAUAUACACUAGACAUUGGCAAAAGUAUACGAUAGAUGGCUAUCAAGAGAUCCUAAGUUCGGCAUCUAUUGAAAAUUAUCGCUUUAGAAAUAUUUAAAUUUAAACAAUAAUAAUUUGUAAGGUUUUACUUGCCAAAUGUCCCAGAUCGCCAUAACGAAAGAUUAUUAAAGUAUAAUAAUAAGAAUAUAAAACCAUCUAUUGCUACAUAAAAAAAAUGUGAACAUCUGUUCAAAUCAAUAAACAAAAUAAAUUUA